AUGCGCCACCUGCUAGCCACCACUUUCCACCGCUACAACCACCGUCUACCCACCAGUCUCCACCACCUUCUUAUCCGCAACUACAGACCCCCCAAAUCACCAGCUCCUCCAAAACCUCCAAAACCACCACAAAAACCUCAAUCUUUCACAUUCCAUGAUGCUACCUGGGAAGACCCAUAUAGCUGGAUGUCACACUUAAAUGACAAAGUAGCUAUGAGACACAUGGAUAUUUACAUGGAGCAAGAAGAGAAGUAUGCAGAAGCUGUCAUGUCUGAUACUGAGAAACUUCAGAGUAAACUCCAGUCUGAAAUGGCUUCAAGAUUGCACGUUGAGCUAUCUACCUAUCCCAUUCGCUGGGGUCCAUGGUUGUAUUAUAGAAGAGUUGAAGAGGGGAAGCAGUAUCCUGUGCUUUGUAGGAGAUUGGCAAGCUUAAAUGAACAAUUCAUUUCGAAUAAAGAUCCUUCGGGUGGGUUUGAUUUUGUUUCUGGGAAAAAGAUUGAGCAGAAGUUGGUUGAUUACAAUAAAGAAGCUGAGAGAUUUGGAGGUUAUGCUUACGAAGAAUUAUCAGAAGUGUCACCUGAUCAUAAGUUUCUUGCAUAUACUAUGUAUGAUAAGGACAAUGACUACUUUAAAUUGUCUGUACGGAAUUUGAAUUCUGGUGCAUUGUGUAGUAAGCCUCAAGCAGAUCGAGUUUCGAAUUUGGCUUGGGCUAAGGAUGGACAGGCAUUGUUGUAUGUUGUUACUGACCAACAUAAGAGGCCUUGUCGAAUAUAUUGUAGCAUGAUUGGAUCAACUGAGGAAGAUGUUUUGCUUCUAGAUGAGCCAGCUGAAAAUGUUUAUGUUAACAUCAGACACACAAAGGAUUUCUGCUUUGUGACUGUAAAUACUUUCUCUACAACAUCCUCAAAGGUCUUUCUGAUAAAUGCAGCUGAUCCAUUGUCUGGCAUGGCUUUAGCUUGGGAAUGUGAAGCUCAAGCCCACUGCAUAGUUGAACAUCAUCAAGGAUACCUUUACUUGUUUACUGAUGCUGCGAAAGGGGGCCAAUUGGUUGAUCAUCAUUAUCUUCUUCGAUGUCCAGUUAAUGCUUCUUCUGGUCCAAGGAUCUGGGAGAAUGUAUUCAAUGAUGACCAAGAUAUGGUUAUUGAAGAUGUUGAUUUCUGUAAUACACACUUGGCUAUAAUCUUACGGGAAAACUGCAGCUUUAGACUUUGUUCAGUUCCUCUACCCAUGCCUUCUAGGAAGGAAGCAGUUAGUCUGAAAGAACUUAACCCUACAUUCCUUCCUCUUCCAAAUCAUGUUUCUCAAAUUUCACCUGGACCAAAUUAUGACUACUACUCAUCAACCAUGCGCUUUACAAUAUCAUCACCAGUGAUGCCCGACGCUGUAGUUGAUUAUGAACUGUCAACUGGCGAGUGGAAUAUUGCCCAACAGCAAAAUUUGCUCUAUGAAAGAACUAGAAUUUUGUAUGGGACAACCUCUUCAGGAGGCAUUGCUGAUGGAUCCUUGAAAAAUCUGAAUUCUGAUUUUCUGAAUGAAAUCAAAUCUGAAGACGAUAACUUGUGGAAUGACCUCUCUGAGUUCUAUGCUUGUGAACGGUAUGAUGUCUCCUCUUAUGAUGGAGUUAUGGUUCCUUUAACUAUUUUAUACUCACGCAAAAACAAAAGUAAGAAUCAAAAUCCUGGCUUGCUUCAUGGGCAUGGAGCUUAUGGUGAGUUACUUGACAAGCGGUGGUGCAGUGAUUUGAAAAGCCUUCUUGAUCGUGGUUGGGUUAUUGCAUAUGCUGAUGUUAGAGGUGGAGGUGGUCAUGGUAAGGCAUGGCAACAUAAUGGUAGGCAAAGGAAGAAACUUAAUUCGAUCAAAGACUUUGUCUCCUGUGCCAAGUUCCUUGUUGAAAAUGAGUUUGUGCAAGAAAACAAACUUGCUGGUUGGGGAUAUAGUGCUGGAGGACUUUUGGUGGCUGCUGCCAUUAAUAGUUGCCCAGAUUUAUUUCGUGCUGCCAUUUUGAAGGUUCCCUUUCUAGAUGUAACCAGCACUCUUCUCCAUCCCAUUUUACCACUCACUGCUGCUGACUAUGAAGAGUUUGGGUACCCUGGGGACAUUGAUGAUUUUCAUGCCAUAAUGGAAUAUUGUCCUUAUGCCAAUAUUCGGAAAGAUGUCCUUUAUCCUGCUGUGUUGAUAACCUCAUCCUUUAAUACACGAUUUGGGGUUUGGGAAGCAGCAAAAUGGGCUGCACGAGUUCGUGAACGUGCUAUUUAUGACCCCAAAAGGCCGAUACUGCUUAAUUUAACAACAGAUAUAGUGGAGGAAAACAGAUACCUGCAGUGCAAGGAAUCAGCAUUAGAAACUGCAUUUCUUAUAAAGAUGAUGGAAUCAUAA